CUGUUUCUGUUGGUUAUUUUUGGGGAUUUACACAACAAAAAAUGUUUAACACAAGCUAUAGUGAAUUUAGACCUUAAAACCUAUGUCCAGUGAAUGCAAAUCAACGGAAAACACCGUGUAAACGGUGGUUAUAAAGCACAUUACGGAAACGUGACGGAGAAAUUUUUACAUAACCUCCAGUUCUGACCAAUCAGAUCGCGUAGUUUCUUCCUGCGUGUUUAUGUGGGUGGGGAGGUUGAUGCCGAAGAGACAUCUUGCCGGCACAUAUUGAUACGCGUAGUAGACAUUUACCGUGUUUAUGGAGUUCGUAAGUUUAAAUAUUUAUUUUCUUUGCGUAUGUUAACUAUUGAGCUACCAAUAACGCGUAUAAAUUUGGACGUUUUGUAGUUUUUUUUUGGCGUGUAACAACGGGCAUUUGAGCCCUGUCAAGGUGUCGUGUUUCUGCACUCGUUUUCCUCUUUAAUUGUUGCUGCUGUCUGGAAUCGUUUUAUUUUAAGCUUAUUUUUCAGUAAAUGUAGUCAGUUCUGCACAGCAAACCCAACUCUGUGGAUAAAGUCAUGGAGCAAGGUUAAACUCGGACAAACCUACUAAGAGCUGCUGAGCCGUUUAAAAACUCUAGCUUUCGUUUUUGGUAAUUGACAAAGAAAACGUCAAAGGACCCCUUUGGUGUGUUUUUGUUUUUUCCCCUGGGGGCACCACCCUCCUUAUUUUCCACGUUGUGCUGAAAAUUUCAGACGAGAUGGGAGUCAACACCAUCCACUGGUUUAGGAAGGGACUACGGCUGCACGACAACCCGGCUCUGAGGGACUCCAUCCGGGGGACGGACACCCUUCGCUGCAUCUACAUCCUGGAUCCAUGGUUCGCUGGGUCCUCUGGUGUAGGCAUCAACAGAUGGAGGUUUUUGCUGCAUUGUUUAGAAGAUUUGGAUGCAAGCCUGCGGAAACUCAACUCCCGCUUGUUUGUCAUCAGAGGCCAGCCCACAGAUGUCUUCCCUCGUCUUAUUAGGGAAUGGAAUAUCACGCGGCUAUCCUAUGAGUAUGACUCUGAGCCAUUUGGAAAGGAACGUGACGCUGCCAUCCAAAAACUAGCCAGUGAGGCUGGUGUGGAGGUUACUGUGGGGAUCUCACACACGCUCUAUAAUCUGGACCAGAUUAUAGAACUCAAUGGUGGUCAGCCUCCACUUACAUAUAAGCGCUUCCAGGCUAUAAUUAACCGAAUGGAUGCUGUGGAGCUGCCUGCAGAGACAAUCACAGCCGAUAUAAUGAAAAACUGCAUCACUCUUGUUAGUGAUGAUCAUGAUGACAAAUUUGGAGUUCCAUCCCUCGAAGAGCUUGGUUUUGAGACGGAGGAUCUUGGCAUUGCAGUUUGGCCGGGCGGAGAAACAGAAGCCCUCAUGAGGUUAGAUCGGCAUCUGGAGAGAAAGGCAUGGGUGGCAAACUUUGAGCGCCCAAGAAUGAACUCCAACUCCCUUUUAGCCACUCCUACCGGCCUCAGCCCUUACCUGCGCUUUGGGUGUCUCUCCUGUCGGCUCUUCUACUUCAAACUCACUGAUCUUUACAAAAAGGUGAAGAGGAACAGCGCACCACCUCUGUCCCUGUAUGGCCAACUGUUGUGGAGGGAAUUCUUCUACACAACGGCCACCAACAACCCCUGCUUUGACAAGAUGGAGGGAAACCCCGUGUGUCUUCAAAUCCCCUGGGAUCGAAACCCGGAAGCAGUAGCCAAGUGGGCAGAGGGACAAACAGGCUAUCCAUGGAUUGAUGCUAUAAUGACCCAGCUGAGGCAGGAGGGGUGGAUUCAUCAUUUGGCCAGACAUGCUGUGGCCUGUUUUCUCACAAGGGGAGACCUCUGGCUCAGCUGGGAAGAAGGCAUGAAGGUCUUUGAAGAGUUGCUACUUGACGCAGACUGGAGUGUAAACGCCGGCAGCUGGAUGUGGCUUUCUUGCAGUUCAUUUUUCCAACAGUUUUUCCAUUGCUACUGUCCCGUGGGAUUUGGUCGACGCACAGAUCCCAGUGGCGACUACAUACGUCGUUAUUUGCCUGUAUUGAGGGGUUUUCCUGCCAGAUACAUCUAUGAUCCUUGGAACGCCCCAGAGGAAGUGCAGAAGGCAGCCAAGUGUAUCAUAGGAACGAACUACCCCAAACCCAUGGUGAACCACGCCGAGGCCAGCCGCAUCAACAUAGAGAGGAUGAAGCAGAUUUACCAGCGGCUGUCCUGCUACAAAGGACUGGAACUGCUUGCAACUGUACCAGCAAAUCCCAGCCAUGGAGUAAAUGGUAACAACAUUGGAGGAGUCAACACUGGGUCUGCUCAAGGUCCAGGGGGGUCCUUUGAAAACCCCUUGAUGCUGGAGGGAACAUCUCAAACAGAAAGGCGACACUCCACGCAGAAGCGCCGUCAUGAAGAGACAGACCCUCAAUGCAGCUUCAGAUCCUGGAAGCAGAGCAGAUAGUUUGGAAAUGGCUGCAUAUCAAGAAUGCCUCUCAUGGUUUGUGGUCAAUGUCCUCAGGUAGCAACAAUUAACUUCUGCCUAAUGAUUCUGGACGAGAGUUAAUUACUGGUACUGUUCAGUAUUUCUGGACUUUGGUUUACCUCUUUUUAAAGGAACUUAGAAAUGUCAACUAAACACUGAUUUGCUUGCAGUUAAGAUAUUAGCAGUUAAUGGGUAUUGCUCACAGGAUGGGACCUGUUAUACCUCUCAGGUACAAAAUGAUAAAACGAACUAAUAUAUCAAAAAGCAAACCAUGCAAAAAUGGCGGGGAUCUUUUUAGACAUGAUGUGAAGCAACCGGUUGUCUUCCCCUGCAGUGUGUAACCGCACACGAUGAACCCUCUAAGCAGGCCCCUUUCCUCACUGACUUCUUUUAGCAUUUUGACAGGAGAGUAAAGCAUCCUCUUAUAUUAUUAUACAUAAAAAACCUGUUGUUUCAGCACAAGACGAAUAUAGAGUUCUCCUUCAACAUAAGUUGCAAUUUCUUUUUUUAAACUGACAAAGGUCUGAUAUACAGUAGCAGCCAGUUAAUAAUGUUAAUUAUUUUGUAAAUAUCUGAAAUUGAUUUUCUGUUUUUGUAUAUUUUGCUAUGUGGUCUCCAAAAAAAUGUAUCUGUGAAUAAUGUUACAGAAAUGUAAAAGUUGUAAACUAAAUAUAUGUUUUUUUGUCACCUCUGUGGUCAUAAAUGUGUUUUAUAUAAAUAAUGACCAUGUUCUGAAUGUUUUGACAUGGCAAUAAAAGAAAAAUUAAUUCUG